AUGGGUCCCGAAACCGUCUGGACAGAUCGUGCCUUUGAAGUGUCCGCACCAGCGAAGGCGAUUGUUUGCGGAGAGCAUGCGGUGGUGUAUGGAAAGAGUGCAGUCGCGGUCGCUCUCUCCCUGAGGACUUCUCUCCUGGUGCAGCCGUUGUCGACCCCAGAUAAUGCCAGCUUGGUGAGACUAAGCCUACCGGACCUCCAGCAUGACCUCGAAUGGGACUCCGCCAAACUUCCAUGGAAGGUCUUUCGUGCCUCCACCACCGAGGCUGACCAUCGCCCCACCGCAGAGCAAAUGGUAGCCGUUGACAGCGCAGUCACCACGGCAUGUGCAUGCCCCACCACCAAAGGCGGGCCUCUCUGCCGAGCCGUCGCCCGCGCUUUUCUCUUCCUAUACAUGUCUUUGACGAGCGCGAGCGCUCCAGGCUGCUCGUUCGUCCUGCGUUCAGAAAUUCCCAUCGGCGCCGGCCUAGGUAGUAGCGGCAGCAUCUGCGUAUGCCUCGCGACAGCCUUCCUCGCGCGAGCAAAGCGCAUCCGCCACGUCGACCUCUCCGCCGCCGACCUGGAUGCCGUCAACCGCUGGGCCCUCGCCGGCGAAGUCUGCACGCACGGCACCCCCAGCGGCGUCGACAACGCCAUCUCCACCUGGGGCGGCGUGCUGUCGUACCGGCGAGCGACAUCCCCACCCCCCAGUCCCUCCCCGCCUUCGACGAGCAACAGCAGCAGCAGCAGCAGCAAUAUCGCCCCAUACAUGCAAUUCCUCCCUUCCCACCCCCAACCGCACUCCUCCGCAACACCCGGCGCCGCCCUCAGCGACCUCUCCCACGUCCUCCUCGUCGACACCAACCACCCGCGCUCCACCCGCGCCCAACUCGACAAAGUCGCCGCCUUCAUCAAGCACCACCCCGUCUACGCCGCAGCCCUGCUCGCCGCCAUCGACGCCCUGAGCCUGGAAGCAGCCCGACUGUUCGCAGGCGAUCCCCACAACAACAACAACAACAAAGACGACGGCAGCAACAACGAUUCCCCCUCUUCCCCCUCCUCCUCCACCCACCCCAUCACCCGCCUCGGCACCCUCAUGCAGCUCAACCACCGCCUGCUCUCCGCGCUGGGCGUGUCGCACCCGGCGCUGGACCGCGUGUGCGACAUCGUCGCGCGGAAGGGGGUGGGGUAUGCGAAGCUGACGGGGGCGGGGGGAGGGGGUUGCGUGCUGGUGUUGUUGAAGCCUGGGGUGGUGGGGGGGCUGCAGGGUCGGGAGGACGGUGCUGCUGGUGGUGGUGGUGGUGACGGUGGUGGUGAGGAGGCGCUGGAGGAGGCGAAGGAGGAGUUGCGGGCGGAGGGGUUUAGGGUUUUGGGGGCGAGGAUUGGGGGGGCGGGGGUGGGGGUGAGGGUGGUGGAGGGGAGAGAGGAGGCGGAGGCGGAGGUGGAUGCCGAGGCUGAGACCGAGGCGGAGGUGGAGGUGGAGGUGGAGGAGGGAGGGUGA